AUGAAGCCAAAUCCGAAGUUAUUGCUAGUUUUGUUAACAUUUGGAGUUGUUUUAGUGACGGGUUUCAAGUCCACGACUGCAGAUUAUGUCCGUCCUCCGCCUCGGGAGAAUCUGCAGUUUCCGUGGAAUCCAAAGCCUUCUUCUCAUCCCCAACAGGUUCAUAUCUCUCUAGCUGGGGAGAAACAGAUACGUGUGACAUGGAUUACUGAUGAUCACUCUGCUCAAUCAGUGGUUAAGUAUGGAAAACAAUCUGGAAAGUAUGACUCCCUUGCUGAAGGAGAGAGCACUUCCUAUAGUUAUUUCCUGUACAACUCAGGAAAGAUACACCACACCGUGAUUGGGCCAUUGGAGGAUGAUACCAUAUACUACUACCAAUGUGGUGGAGAGGGUCCUGAAUUCCGUUUCAAAACCCCGCCAUCUAAGUUCCCGAUCACUUUUGCGGUGGCUGGUGAUUUGGGUCAGACUGGAUGGACCAAAUCAACCUUAGAUCAUCUAGACAAAUGCAAAUAUGAUGUUCAUAUGAUCCCUGGAGACCUUUCAUAUGCUGAUUUCAUACAGCACAAGUGGGACACUUUUGGUGAGCUGGUUCAGCCACUUGCUAGCACAAGACCUUGGAUGGUCACACAAGGAAACCACGAAAAGGAGCACAUACCCCUUAUUACUGAAGAAUUUGCUUCUUAUAAUGCAAGAUGGAAGAUGCCCUAUGAGGAGAGUGGAUCCGGUUCUAAUUUGUACUAUUCAUUUGAUGUGGCUGGUGUCCAUGUCAUCAUGCUCGGGUCUUAUACGGAUUAUGAUGAAUCAUCGGACCAAUAUAGCUGGCUGAAGGCUGAUCUCUCAAAGGUAGAUCGUGAGAAGACACCAUGGCUGAUAGUUCUAUUCCAUGUGCCAUGGUACAACAGUAAUGAAGCUCAUCAGUGUGAAGGUGACAACAUGAUGGAAUCUAUGGAGCAUUUACUUUACUCUGCAGGGGUUGAUCUUGUGCUUGCUGGACAUGUCCAUGCUUACGAGCGCUCGAAACGUGUCUAUGGUGGCAAAUCAGAUUCUUGUGGUGCUGUCCACAUAACAAUUGGUGAUGGAGGAAACAGAGAAGGUUUAGCACACCGAUACAAAAAUCCAAAGCCUGAGUGGUCAGUAUUUCGUGAAGCAAGUUUUGGUCAUGGUGAGCUGAAGAUAGUUAAUGCCUCGCACGCUUUUUGGACUUGGCAUAGGAAUGACGAUGAUGAACCAGUGAAGUCCGAUGAGGUCUGGAUAACCUCUUUAAAUGGUUCAGGAUGCAUUGCUGAAAGGAGUUAUGAGCUGAGAAAGAUCUUGGCCGCACCCUAA